CAGCAGGUGGUCAAAGCAGAUAUCGUGAACUACAGUCAAGAGUCUGUGGCUCGAGCCGUCAACCCUCCGCGCAGCUCCAUGUGUGUCAUCCAGUGAUCCAGCCAGCCGGCCGUCUGAGAUCUGUGUGUGUGUGUGUGUGUGUGUGUGUGUGUGUGUUGAUCAUGUAAUCUCAGCACUUCUUCAUGUUGAAUCAUGACUCAGUUGACAGUAUUUCUGCAUUGAGAGUGAGUAUCUCUGAUGUGACGGCACACAUCCUCCUGGCGUUCCCCUGCGCUUCUGAACUGGCUAUUCUUGUUAAAGCCCCCCUGAAAUGAAAAUAUAGAGGAAUCAAUACAGAGAUUCUGCUGUUUAUAACCAUGAAGUAACCGUAAAUAUUCAUAUGUAAUCCUCCAUGUGAUGAUGAAUUCACUCGUGCUGCAGCAGGGUGAAGAGGUUACGGGAACGUUCUGGCAAUGUUGAUCAGAGGUUGUGGAAACAUUCUAUUUCUGUAAAGGAAACCUCCCUGGCCAACUGAAGGAAGAGGGCAUGUUUGGGGAGCCAAAGCUGGUUAAUGCUGCCGCUGCAUGUUCAUGACAGAUAUGUGAUGUUCAUGAGCUUCACACUGGAGCAGUAAUCUGCUGUCACACAGAGCCGAGCUGUGCUGAGUGUGUGCAGGCGGCCUGUAAACACCGUCUGACUGAUUUGUUGAUGUGUGUGUGUGUGUGUGUGUGUGUGUGUGUUUUCAUUUCCGCAGGACGCCCGGACCCCUCUGCUUAUAGCGGUGUGAUGAUAUGACCUCUGAAUAUUUCUAUUGAAAUGCUGAAUGUGUUUGUAAGCUCCAGGUGUUGUAGAGCGUCUUUUAGGAAUAAAUGUCAGUCUCCGA